AUGGGCUUGUGCGUCUCGAAACCGAUGGAAUCGUCGACCGAAUCGACUAAAACGACGACGCGUAAUACUAAAUCAAAGUUAACAAAAUCCAAUUCAUCUGUCGUGCAAGAUCCGCGGUCGCACAAAAUCACGCGCGUGAACGGCGCGAGCAUAAAGUCUCUCGGGAACGCGUUGUUCUUUCCGGACAAAGCCAUGCCGUGCAAAUCAAUCACCGUUCCAAACUUUGUGUGCAGAAGAGGCACUGCUUGCGAGUAUGCGCACGCGCAAACAAACUUGACGUUCUUUUUGGAUUGUUUGAACUCCGCCGAGUUUUCGUUGGACGUGUGCAUAUUCCAACUGACGUGUAACGAAAUCGCCGAGGCGGUGACGAACGCGGUGAAAAGAGGCGUAAGGGUGAGAAUUAUCACGGACGCGAAUAACGUGGACAGCAAUGGGUCGGAUAUUCGACGAUUGAACGAACUCGGAAGUCCGAACAAAGGGUUUCAUUAUAAUCACAAGAUGGGGAUCCAAAUCAGAUGCGACGAAAGAGUCGGAAGCCAAGAGUGCCGAACGAAGCCGCACAUGCACCAUAAAUUUUGUAUCAUAGAUUGCGGGCAAUCGAAAAAAGAUUACACGAGCAAUACGAAAUUAAUGAAUGGAAGUUUCAACUGGACGAGACAAGCGGUUUUGGAGAAUCAAGACAACGUGAUGGUUUUAGAAGGCUCGGUGAACUUCCCGAUGAUUAACGCCUAUCAGCAAUCGUUUAACAUGAUGUGGUCGAAAUACGAACGGUUCGUGCUGCCGAGGGCGGGUUAG